GUGGGGUUAGCAGGCUGAGCCGGCUUCACCCUUUGCACCGACGGGGCGGCCCCCUCCCCGGCUUCCCGCAACAGCAGCAGCAGCAGCCGCGGCCCCGACUAGCCAGCCGAGCCCCCCGACGGCGCCGCCCAGGGCACGGCAUUCCAGCGCCGCCUCGCCCUCGACGGCUGACCUGCCGGCGGAGGCGAGUUUCGCGAACGAGAGGGCGAUCCUGUGCCGGGAGGAGGAGGAGGAGCGGACCGGGGCGGAGACUGCGAGCGGCACGGUCGGCUGACAGGCCGGCUGCUGUCCGCCGGGACCGGGGUCCGUGCGGUGGGCGCAGAGGCGUCGUCGCGGGCAUGCAGCCGGGGAGCGCCGGGGACCGGCUCAGCGGGGCUGCCGCCCGGGGAGACACGAGGGAAGUGCGGCGCCUCCUCUUCGAAGAGCUGGUGCAGCCGGACGCGCGCAACCGCUUUGGCAAGACCGCGCUGCAGGUAAUGAUGUUUGGGAACGUUUUCGUGGCGCAGGAGCUGCUGAAGCAAGGGGCCAACCCUAACGUCCGCGACGAGUCGGGCACGGCGCCCGCCCACGACGCUGCCCGCACGGGCUUCCUCGACACCCUGAAAAUCCUGGUGGAAUACGGCGCGGAUGUCAACGUAGCAGAUGCUUCCGGCUCGCUGCCCCUCCACGUUGCCGUCCGGGAAGGCCACGCGGACGUGGUCCUCUUCCUGGCACCGCUGUCCAAGUUGCAGCACCGAGACUCUGACGGGCGGACGCCGCUGGAACUCGCGCAGCACCUGGGGCUUUCGCACAUCCAGGGCAUCCUUGAGCAGCUCCUCUCUGCCCCGGCUUAACCCGAGGAGGGGGCCACCUUGCCUGGGCAAAGAGAGCUGGAUCAAGCACUGAGCCAACUCCUCUCUCUUGUGCUUUUAGGCCAAAGACUCUCCCUUUUUUCUUCCCAGGGCCCUGGAACAAAGGCAGCUUCACCUGCCCUACCUCAGAGUGUGUGUUUGAUUCUAUUUGCUGUUGUUGCUAUUUAUAUGUGUUUUAUGAGCUCUCUUAAUCUGCUUCUGAUUUUCUCCCCGGGAGCCAGGCGGCCCUUGUACCAUCCUGCACUCAGCUUUGGCCAGCGUGCCUUAACUCUACCUACCAUUUUCUGCUUCCCUAGCCGCUGGUAUACGCAUCUCCUUGCAUUUUUCAGGUGGGAUGGGGAGGUUCUGAUGCAGAGAGCAUCCCUGAAGGCAUUGCUAGAAUGGGGAACCUUUGCUUCUCUCCCUUUCCCCACUCCUCAGUCUUCAUGAGGAAUACCAGCUUAUUUGGGAGAGCUCUGGGUGUUCUUUCUGAGAGCUGUUCCUUCCUCGACGUUUGGCUCCUCUUCCCCUGCAGAGUCCAGAACUCCGCAGCAUCUAACUGCACAGGAUUCUGUUCCCAAAGAGAUCUUUAUCCACCCUGCAAUUUCUCCCUAAUUUCUCUAUGGUGUUCUCUGGGGGGGGGCCUUGUGGCCCUUUAGCCAUUAACAACUGUUUCCAUCUCAGCCUUGUAGUAGUUCUCUUCUGUUAUCUUUGACUAAAAAAAUGUUUAAGCCUUGUUUUUGGCAGCUUGUUCCCUGUAAUGAAUUUGUGGAUCUGAGCUGUGUAUAUAGUAGAUUUUUAAAAAGGAGGGCAGAUUUAUUCUAUUUAUUGUGAUUUGCAAGAGUUUGUUUUAUGAGAUGAUUAAUUUAAUGAUUAAAAAUAUUAAAUCCA